AUGACUACAGCCAAGAUCAGGGUGUUCGCCAAGGAUGGGACUCACACCCUAUGCCGAGCUCUUCUUGACACUGCAUCUACGGCCAAUUUCAUCACGAGCGAGCUGGCAAACAAACUGAAGUUGCGCAAAAGGUACUGUUCCGUUCCGGUCAGAGCCCUGAAUUCAUUACACACAACCUGCAAUUACUACACACAAGCUAGAAUCCAAUCAAACCACAACAAUCUUACUAAAACACUCGACUUCUUUAUCACGAAUUCAAUCUCAAAAUUCACACCAACCAACACCAUCAACCGCGAGCACGUCACCAUACCUCGGAACAUCAAGCUGGCUGAUGCGGAAUUCCACAAGGCAGCCGCAAUAGACAUGCUCCUCGGGUCAGGCCCAACCUUAUCCUUGUUUAGUAUUGGGCAAAUCAAGCUACCGUCGGGCCCAAAGACCGACCUCAUCCUGCAAAAAACACAGUUAGUCUGGGUCAUCGGCGGGAGCGUUCCGAGUGGCGUCAAACAACGAUCACAACCCUUCGAGACAUUCAAUUUACAGAUUGAAUUAGACAAAUUUUGGAAGAUCGAAGAGGGCAGCAACGAGCAACACCUGACUGCCGAGGAGCAGGCAGCCGAAGACCACUUCCAACGCAACACGACACGGUCUUCGGAUGGCCGAUAUACAGUUGCUCUUCCCUUUAAGAACACCAUAAAAAGUCUCGGCGACUCCAAGCAGAUCGCCUUGAAACGGUUCCACACCUUGGAAACAAGGCUAGCCAAGGACCCGGAACUGAAGACCCAAUACGAGUCAAUAAUGGAAGAUUAUGUCAGACUCGGGCACAUGACGCUCUCUCACGACACCCAGCCGGGAGUCUACCUGCCCCACCACGCUGUCAUCAAGGCCAGCAGUCAGGCGACAAAGAUUCGUGUCGUCUUUGACGCGUCUGCAAGGUCCAGCUCCGGAACGUCACUGAACGAUACACUGAUGACUGGCUCGACAAUUCAAGACGACAUGCAGACACUGUUGCUACGAUUCCGCCUUCACCAGUACGUAAUCACGGGCGAUAUCGAGAAGAUGUAUCGGUAA